UAUAGCCGUAUUUCACGCGAUCUGGACGCACGCUUGCAGUUUGGCCCAAGUGUCUUUAAGCCGCUAUCGCACGAGAUAGCCGUAUUCGGAAAUCUCUCACACUCUGAUAACAAAAGUCGUGAAGUGUUAACCAUAUAAGCGCUGUGCGUUCGUUUCAGUCGUGUUCCAACGCUGCGGGCGCAAGGAUGGUUCAGGUGGAUCUGUUUACGGCGGGGGCCGUGUUUGCCAUAAUCCUGCUGGCUUAUCACUACCUGUCGAAGCGGUACGAGUACUUCCUGACGAAACCGAUACCAUGCCUGAAGCCAACGUUCCUGGUCGGUAACACCGGUGCGAUGAUGUUCCGCCAACGGGAUAUUGCAGCUCACGUGAAGACUCUUUACUACGCGUUUCCGGAUUUCAAAAUUACCGGCUUUUACGACCUGAUGAACCCGAUCUUUAUGUUGCGCGACCCAGAUGUGAUAAAGAAGAUUGGCGUGAAGGACUUUGACGUGUUCAUGGACCACACCCCAACGAUGGCCGGCGCGACGGAAGCCGAAGUUAGUGGAGAGCAACUGUUUGCCAAUUCUCUGUUUGCACUGCGAGGAUCCAAGUGGCGGGACAUGCGAGCGACGCUGAGUCCGGCUUUCACCGGAUCUAAGAUGAGGCACAUGUUUGAGCUGGUAGCGGAAUGUGCCGUAUCGAUGUCGGAUUUCUUUAAGGCGGAAGCGAAAGCCGGGAAAAAGUUGGAGUUCGAAAUGAAGGACACGUUUUCGCGGUUCGGUAACGAUGUGAUUGCGACGGUAGCGUUUGGUAUCAAGGUGGACUCGAUGCGUGAACGGGAAAAUGAUUUCUUUGUGAAAGGGAAACAGAUGCUGAACUUCCAGUCACUUAUAGUGCUGUUGAAGUUUUUUAUCUUUAGGGCGAUGCCAUCGUUGGCUGCUAAGUUGGAGCUUGAUUUUAUCGACAAGGACUUGGCUAGAUAUUUCAAAGGAAUGAUCAUCGAUAACAUGAAGCAACGUGAUGCUCAUGGAAUAAUCAGAAAUGAUAUGAUCCACAUGUUGAUGGAGGUGCAGAAAGGUGCGCUGAAGCAUCAGAAAGACGAAAAAGAUACUAAGGAUGCCGGAUUUGCGACAGUCGAAGAAUCAACUGUGGGAAAAUCAACACAUUCAAGAGUUUGGACGGAGAACGAGCUGAUUGCGCAAUGUUUUUUGUUCUUCUUAGCUGGAUUCGACACUGUCUCCACUUGCAUGACGUUCUUAACGUACGAGCUUGCUUUGAAUCCCGAAAUCCAGAAUCGUCUUUACGAAGAAAUCAUGGAAACGGAAAGAAGCCUAAACGGAAGCCCCCUGAACUAUGAAACCCUGCAGAAAAUGGUAUACAUGGACAUGGUGGUCUCCGAAGCCCUGCGCAAGUGGCCACCCGCCGUAGUAUCGGAUCGCUACUCCAACAGAGACUAUACCUAUGACGACGGCGCGGGAUCACGUUUCCUGAUUGAAAAGGGCCGAACCAUUUGGAUUCCCACGAUCGCCAUCCACAACGAUCCCAAGUAUUACCCAAAUCCGGACAAGUUUGACCCGGAACGCUUCAACGAGCAGAACCGUCCAAAUAUCAACCUGGGAGCGUAUCUGCCGUUCGGAAUUGGUCCGCGGAACUGCAUCGGAUCGCGUUUGGCCCUUAUGGAGGUCAAGUCCAUAAUCUACUGUCUGUUGAAGGACUUCUGUCUGGAACCAUCGGAAAAGACAGAGAUUCCACUGAAGAUGUCUAAGAAUUUGUUUGCAUUGCAGGCGGAAAAUGGGGUGUGGCUCGAGUUUAAACCUAGAAAGAUGUAAUCGAGGGUUUCGAAUAAAAAUGUGCAAGAAUUCUA